GACCAGCCGCCCCGGUGACAAGGUGCCAGCGGAGCGGCGGGGCCGCCGCUACUGCUCCGCCGUCCUCGCCGCCGCCCUCCCGCCCGGAGAAGUUUGACUCGGGAGCAGCGCAGCCGCCCGGGCCGUCGCGGCGAGGCAGGGAGCCGCGCCGGGAGUCGGCGCGCCCGGGGCCGCCGCGGGACGGGGGUCGCCUCCUGCGGGAGGCGGCGGGGGGGACACCGGCGGCGGCGCUCUGGGAGCCGCCCCGCCCGCGCCAUGGCAGCGCGGUCCCGGAGACCCUGGCUGAGCGUGGUGCUGGGGCUGGUGCUCGGCUUCACCGCCGCCUCCUGGCUCAUCGCCCCCAAAGUGGCCGAGCUGAGCAACAAGAAGAGGCGCGGCGCCAGCCUCUGCUCCUACUACGGCCGCUCGGCGGGGCCGGGGGCGGCCGGGGGCGCGGCGGCGCCGGGCGGGCAGCAGGCGCCGCCGGAGGCAGCGGCGGUGCUGGGCGGCACGAGUUUCAGGAGCAGCCCCUGGGAGCUGCCGCCGGCGGCGGAAGAGGGCACCGUCUCCAGCCCCGCCGCCGGCGGGGAAGGGGAGCCGGAGGAGGAGGAGGAAGGCGCCGAGAGGCGGCGCGGCCGGCCCGGCGGCAGCCACAACGGGAGCGGGGACUGGGGGGCAGCCCCGGGCUGCGCCAAGCCCCGCAACUUCCUCUACGUGGGGGUGAUGACGGCCCAGAAGUACCUGGGCAGCCGGGCGGUGGCGGCGCAGCGGACGUGGGCGCCCUCGGUGCCGGGCCGCGUGGAGUUCUUCUCCAGCCAGGGCUCCGCCGCGCCCCCCGGGCUGCCCCCGCUGCCCGUCGUCGCCCUGCCCGGCGUGGACGACUCCUACCCGCCGCAGAAGAAGUCCUUCAUGAUGAUCAAGUACAUGCACGACCACUACCUGGACAAGUACGAGUGGUUCAUGCGGGCGGACGACGACGUCUACAUUAAAGGUGAAAAAUUGGAGGAGUUUCUUCGCUCACUGAACAGCAGUAAGCCUCUGUAUUUGGGACAGACUGGUCUGGGUAAUAUUGAAGAACUCGGAAAACUUGGGCUGGAGCCUGGAGAGAAUUUCUGCAUGGGAGGGCCAGGAAUGAUCUUCAGCCGGGAGGUUCUCAGGAGGAUGGUGCCACAUAUAGGUGAAUGCCUUCGAGAAAUGUACACCACUCAUGAGGAUGUGGAGGUGGGCAGGUGUGUCCGAAGGUUUGGAGGAACUCAGUGUGUUUGGUCAUAUGAGAUGCAGCAAUUGUUCCAUGAAAACUAUGAACACAACCGCAAGGGUUACAUUCAAGAUCUUCACAACAGCAAGAUUCACACAGCCAUAACACUUCAUCCAAACAAAAGACCAGCCUACCAAUACAGGCUGCACAAUUACAUACUGAGUCGCAAAAUUUCCGAACUGCGCUAUCGGACCAUCCAGCUCCAUAGAGAAAGUGCCCUGAUGAGCAAGCUCAGUAACAGUGAAGUAAAUAAGGAAGAUCAGCAACUGGGAAUGAUGCCAUCUUUCAAUCAUUUCCAGCCACGUGAAAAGGAUGAAGUCAUUGAGUGGGAGUUCCUGACAGGAAAAUUUCUUUACUCAAUGGUGGAGAACCAGCCACCCCGGCAGAGCCUAAGCAGCAUCCUGCAGGCUGCACUGGAUGACACCGUGAUGCAAGUCAUGGAAAUGAUAAAUGAGAACUCUAGGUCUAGAGGAAGGCUUAUUGAUUUCAAGGAAAUACAGUAUGGCUACCGCAGGGUGGACCCUCUGCAUGGAGUGGAGUACAUCCUGGAUUUACUGCUGUUGUACAAAAGGCACAAAGGAAGGAAAGUUACGGUUCCGGUGAGACGCCACGCUUACCUUCAGCAAUUGUUUAGCAAACCUUUCUUCAAAGAAGCAGAGGAGCUGGAUGUAAGAAGCUUGCUGGAGGAUACCAACACUGACACUCAAUCUUUCUCUUUUCUUUCAAAUUCUUUGAAGAUUUUUUCCUCAUCGUUCCAAGGCACCAAACACAUUGUGGGACGCAGUGACAAGAAAAUACAUAUUCUUGUCCCUCUCACAGGAAGAUUUGACAUUUUCUCAAGAUUUAUGGGUAACUUUGAGAAGACUUGUCUGAUUCCCAAGCAGAAUGUAAAGUUGGCAAUAAUUCUCUUCAGUUCUGAGUCAGGCCAAGACUCCAGUAAACACAUAGAGCUAAUGAAAGAAUACAGCAUUAAGUAUCCUAAGGCUGAUAUGACCCUGAUUCCAAUGGCAGGAAAGUUUUCUAGAGGUUUAGGUCUUGAAAUGGCCUCAUCUCGAUUUGACAAUGGCACUUUGCUACUGUUCUGUGAUGUUGAUCUGGUAUUCACACCAGACUUCCUCCAGCGAUGCAGAGAGAACACUAUUCAGGGAGAACAGGUUUACUACCCUAUCAUCUUUAGCCAAUAUGAUCCAAAAGUAAUAUAUGGAGGCAACCCUCCAGCUGACAAUAGUUUUGUUUUCACAAAAAAAACUGGAUUUUGGAGGGAGUAUGGAUUUGGAAUUACCUGUAUUUACAAAAGCGAUCUACUUACUGCUGGUGGAUUUGAUACCUCAAUUCAAGGCUGGGGACUUGAGGAUGUAGACCUCUUUACUAAAGUGAUAACAUCUGGCUUGAAGGCUUUCAGAAGUCAAGAAGUAGGAGUCGUCCAUAUUUUUCAUCCAGUUCAGUGUGACCCCAGUUUAGAUCCGAAACAAUAUAAAAUGUGCUUAGGGUCCAAAGCAAGUACGUUUGCCUCCACCAUGCAGCUUGCUGAACUCUGGCUACAGAAACAUUUGGGGGUCAGGUACAAUCUAAGUCUCUCCUGACAUCUCAGCCUAUUUGGCCUUUUUAGGGGAGUUUACCUCAUUCUUGUUGUUAUUAUUUGAUUUUGCUGUCGUAGUUUUAAACUCCCUCCUCGUUGUCUUCCAAAGACCUUUGACCUCAAACAGGAUGAGUCUGCUGUUCACUGAUGUUUCUUAUACCUACUGAACUGGUGAGGUGAAUUCCUUCAUAUUUCCUUUAUUUGAAAUUCAGUCAAGUCACGGCAAUCAUAUGAUCCCAUGGAGCACAUCCAUCACAAUAGACUGCAUCAGAAGAAUGUUCUCUUUUGGCUUUGGGAUGCAGUAUCAUCUUUGUUGCAUUUCUCAGAUUUGGUGUGAUACAAAUAUUUACUGGUGAAGGUACCACAAAAGUGCUUUAUGCUUCUUCUGGGGAUGGAACUCUAUAAGAUAAACUUGAGUUUUAUAAUUUAUAUGAGGACUUAUAUGUAUAAACGCUACUUUUCAUCAUCUUUAGAAUUUUUAAAGUAAAUGAAUAACUACGAUUGUACCUUUAUUUUUAAAAAAAAAAAAAGAAAACCUGAGGAGCUACUUGCAAAUACAACUGGUACUGGCUACCAAGGUCCUUAAAUGUCUUAUUAUAAUAACAAACUUCUCAUUGUUCUUCACUCUAAGUGUAAAUGAACUUUAAUUUCAAAAGGAACAGGAUUUAAUCAAAUGCUCGUGUACACUUUGGAAGAUUUGUGAACCAACAUCCUUCAUUUGCAGGCAAGAAGAAACCAUGACUUAAUAUGGUCAUUUAUGAUAAAGUGCAGGCAUACAAUAUUCUUUUUUUGAAACACAUAGUGUUAAGUUGCUGUUUCUCUUUUUAGAAUGAGCCUCUAAUACAUAAUUUUCUUUAACAUUCCUUUCAUAAAGCCACACUUGAUGCAGCGUUAGAACUUAAAGCUGUAUCUUUUCUUUUUUUUUUACAUUUUCCAUGAAUAUUGGUACUCAGUAGCAAUUUGUUAUUAAAAUUAAAAUAAUUGUAGCAUAAUUAUUUAAGUUACAAAAUUUACUAUUGCUGGUCAAAGUUCCUUGCCAAUAUAUUUAUAUUAGUGGAGGUUAUAAGACUGUGUUAAGAUUUAUCUCUCUGGACAGCCUGAAGUUGUCAUAUUGUGAAUUUAUGGAGUAAAGUAUUUAAAAUGAUACCAACGUAAGAAAUAAUAAAAUCAAUUUUUGUAUUUUAGAGAAAUGUUUAUAUAGGGGGUGUGUGGGUGUGUGUGUGGGGGGGGUUCCCUAUAUAUAGAUAGAUAUAGAGACAGAGUAAUUUCAAAAUAUAUUCCUCUUUUCAGUUCAGGCAGCCCUUUGUUACAAUCAUUGUUAUUUUUGCCACAUGCUUGGAACAUUUCAUGUUAUGCUGUGCUAAGCACUCAAAGGCAUCCAAGAAACCAUCAGAAUUCAACCAAACUUAAAUGAAUGCAGUGGGUAUAUCUAAUAACCUCAGUACCCUUGAUUUCAAACUAUAUCUGAAAUAGAGCUGGGCAGGAAAAAGUAAGCAAUUAUUGAAUUUAAGUUUGUAAGUUCUUCAGGUGUAACUGACUCCUUCUGUGUUUCCUUUCAAAAAACAACUAAGAGAUUGGAAUUCACUGGUACAUCUCUGUUCGGGAUUUACUGUGCAAGGAAAAAGGCAUCCCUGAAAAGGAGUGAAUAAACUCAGAAUUGAAGGGCUGGUCAUAGCUUUUUGUAUGCUUUAAAAAAGGCCAUCCCUGUUGCCUUGGAGGAGGUAUUAAUUGUGGUAGAUGAGAACAGACAGAAGGUAAUUCACGCUUGUCUGCCCUCCCCAAGGAGAGCUCCUGGCUUGUUAUUCUUCUCGAGGCACUUGCCUUCCUAGCCCAGUAUUGUUAGCUCAAAUGUCUGGAGAGAGUAAAAUUCAGUAUUACUUAUGAAAUAGUUCUUGGAAACUGGUCUUUAAAUUGAGUGCAAAGAUCACGCUUUGUUCAAUAAGAAAGCCAAGAACAAGGAACAUACAAUUUACUUGAUCAAUCUUGUCUAACUGAUGCAACUCAGAUUGUAAAUAUCAAAACUGAAUGCCUGUUGAUAAAUGUUUGUGAUGAUUUCAUAAA